UCCCUCACAUCUCUCACCCUUUUACCUCAUAAAUUCUGUCCCUUAGAUCUCUCUAACUCAACACACACUCUCUCUCUCUCUCACUCACACACACCAAUAUCUAUCUCUAUUUUGACUCUCUCAGAUCUAUCAUUUUUAUGUCUCCCUCUCUUCUAAUUCUCACCCUGAUGCCUCUUAGAUAUCUCCUUUCUUGGAUCUCUGAACCCUCUUAUCUCAGAUCUCUCAUGUGUUACUAUAGUUGUUGGUUUUGACAGUGGUCGUGGUUUGGUGAGUUGUGAAGCUGAUGGUACUAGUGUUUUUCAUUUGGAUUAAGCUUGGAAGGGCUUGAUGAUGUCGAAGACUUCCCAUACCCAUUUUGUCUUCAUUUAUUCUAUUUUUUUUUCACUAUUUGGCUCAUGUGAAAAUGUAGGAAAAAUGUUAUAUGAAUUUCUAACAAAUUGGAUGGAUGUGGUUUAAUUUUUUGGAUUGGCAUAUCAUUCAAGUUAACAGAUUUUUCUAAUUUGAAUGAAGUAUUUAUGAAAAAGUAUGUUUUAUGCAAAAUUUUAGAAUGUUAGGGUUUAUUUUGUAAAAAAAUUAAAGUUAAUAAAUAAUUGACUCAGGUAUCAAAGGAAUGAGUUGACAAUCACACGUGUCAACCCGUAUUCAUCCAAUAUGACGAAUCUAUUAAACGGUCUAUAGAGUUUGCGUCGAGUAAUCUAUUAAAUAAGCGAGUCGCAUUCAUGUUUGUAAUUUGGACCCGUUUAGUUUAAUAAAUGUGUCGUGUACGGGUUAAGUUAUUUUUUACAAGAACCACGACACCAACCCAUUCACCUCACACAAUUGCCUAGUCUACUCUCCUCAUUUGAAAUUUCUCAGCCUAUUCACGAGCACCCAAGUCAAAGAGCUCUCUCAUUCGAGAUCUCAUAUGCUAACCCUCUCUCUGCUAGGGUUAGGAUUUCUAUUCAAGAGUUCCUACUGUAAAUGAGAAAUUCUGAAGAUCUAAUAUUGUGAACGAGACAUUGAAUUGCAUUGGAAAUGUCCCGAUCUUUUCCCCCCUUUCGGAGCUUUCUUUUCUUAAUUCUUGUGUAAUCGCUAGAAUUCCCCUUGUUAUGUGGCAAAAUGUUGAUGGUGUUUUUGUUUUGUUUACUUGGAUGGAAACUGAAAUUUAACCUUUGAUCUAUAAAGGAUAUUUUCUUCUCCAUAAUAUGCUUAAAUAUUUGACAAGAUGUCCGGCCAAAGUCAGCGCUUGAACGUUGUUCCCACGGUUACAAUGCUUGGAGUUGUGAAAGCUCGCCUUGGUGGUGCAACAAGAGGCCAUGCCCUUCUCAAGAAGAAGAGUGACACUUUAACUAUGCAGUUCCAUAGAUUCUUAAGAAGAUUGUCUCAACUAAAGAAUCAAUGGGAGAUAUCAUGAAAACAUCAUCCUUUGCCCUUACUGAAUCCAAAUAUGUUGCUGGCGAAAACAUCAAGCACAUUGUCCUUGAAAAUGUUCAGAAUGCCUCCCUUAAGGUUCGAUCCCGCCAAGAGAAUGUUGCAGGCGUGAAGCUUCCCAAGUUUGAAUAUUUCACUGAAGGUGAGACAAAGAAUAACCUGACUGGAUUGGCGAGAGGUGGCCAACAGGUUCAAGCUUGUCGUGCUGCUUAUGUGAAGUCCAUUGAGGUUCUUGUCGAGCUUGCUUCUCUUCAGACAUCAUUCUUGACACUCAAUGAAGCUAUCAAGACCACAAAUUGUAGGGUCAAUGCCCUGGAGAAUGUUGUGAAGCCAAGGUUAGAAAACACGAUAAGUUACAUCAAGGGGGAGCUAGACGAGUUGGAAAGAGAGGAUUUUUUUAGGCUGAAAAAGAUACAGGGUUACAAGAAGAGGGAGAUUGAGAGACAGCUUGCAGCUGCCAAGCAAUUUGCACAAGAGCAAGUAGCAGAGAAAAUUUCCUUGCAGAAAGGGAUUCCACUUGAUUCAGCUCACAACCUGUUAUCUAGGACCAUGCAGAAAGAUGAGGACAUAAUAUUCUAAUAAAAAGAUUAGUUUAAUUUAUCUGGUUCUAUGUUGAGUGGCUUUUGCUUUG